AUGAACGGGAACGUCUUGCAGAAACACGGCACCUUUCUGCAAGUGGACCACAAGAACUGCUGUGUAUUCCGGGAUGACUUCAUCGUCAGUGUGUUGCCACCGGUGUUGGCACUGGAGUUUGUGUUUGGGCUCCUGGGCAAUGGCCUGGCUCUGUGGAUUUUCUGCUUCCACCUCAAGUCCUGGAAAUCCAGCCGGAUUUUCCUGUUCAACCUGGCCCUGGCUGACUUUCUCCUCAUCAUCUGCCUGCCGUUCCUGACAGAUAACUACGUGAGGAAGUGGGACUGGAGGUUUGGGGACAUCGCCUGCCGGGUGAUGCUGUUCAUGUUGGCCAUGAACCGCCAGGGCAGCAUCAUCUUCCUCACGGUGGUGGCCGUGGACAGGUAUUUCCGGGUGGUCCAUCCCCACCAUGCCCUAAACAAGAUCUCCAAUCAGACGGCUGCUAUCAUCUCCUGCCUUCUGUGGGGUGUCACCAUCGGCCUGACCGGUCAUCUCCUCCGCAAAAACCUGCUGACCCCGAACAAUGGUGCCCAUUUGUGCAGCAGCUUCAGCAUCUGCAAAGCCUUCGGGUGGCACGAUGCCAUGUUCCUGCUGGAGUUCUUCUUGCCCCUGGGCAUCAUCUUCUUCUGCUCGGCCAGGAUCAUCUGGAGCCUACGCCAGAGGCAAAUGGACCGGCACACGAAGAUCAAGAGAGCCAUUCGCUUCAUCAUGGUGGUGGCCGUCGUCUUCGUCAUCUGCUUCCUGCCCAGCGUGGCCGCGAGGAUACGCAUUUUCUGGCUCCUGCACAAAGUGGGGAUACAGGAUUGCAGCCACUAUCACUCCGUUGACCUGGCAUUUUUCGUGACUCUCAGCUUCACUUACAUGAACAGCAUGCUGGACCCCCUGGUCUACUACUUUUCCAGCCCGUCUUUCCCGAACUUCUUCUCCACCAUGAUCAACCGCUGCCUGCGGAAGACGCCUGGGGAGCCAGAUAACAACCGGAGCACGAGCUUGGAGCUCACAGAGGAUCAGACCACCACCAGGAACACUCCAGAAGCUUUAAUGGCCAACUCCGGUGAGACAUAGAGCCCCCCGCUAACUGAGCUCAACCUCUCCUUAAAUGACCCCACCAAGAAGCAACGUUGUCACCAAGAACCAAGAUUUCCAGACACAUGGUUUUGCUAG